CUCUUUUGUACAACAUCUCACGGGGCCCUAUAUAACUUUCUCUCAUACUCCCAGCUACAUUCGCCUCUCUCAAUCAAUCCGCCACGCUUCUAGCUUCACCCUCGGCCUAAACUCGAUACCACCCGCUUCACGUCUAGAACACUUUUGGCCCGCUCCAAUCGCGGCAGCUAGACACAAUGUCCCUCGGGCAUCCAGAAUGGCAAGCCCAAAUCCGGCAACGUCUAGUCGACAACCAAGCCAACGCCGAAGGGUACCGCGAGAUCAUCCAGCAGUAUGGAAAGCUUGCCAAGUCUGCAAAAGAUCUCAAGACGCGGAAUAAGACGCUUAUGAAGACUGGAGGUGGUGGUGGUGGCGAAGCGGACGGCUCGAAUCCAUUGUUAAAGUACCUGGACCAAGAACUUACAUCGCUCCGGUCUGAGAUAUCAGAGCUGUACCGGUCGCAGGCUGCCACCCAAAACAAGCAGUUGGCCUCGGCGGAGCUUUUGCGGGAACGAGAUGAAGAGGUCAUGAACUUGCGAGAUGAGAUGCGGAAUCUGCGAGAUGCAAGGGACCGGUUACAACGGAAAGAUGAAGAGUGGGAGCAGCGAUGGAAGGCCCGAGAGGUUGAUAUGGUGACCCUAUCUGACGAAGUCAUGUCUCUCAACCUCGAAAUCUCUGGCUUAUCCAAGCGCGAGAAAGCACUCAUGGCCGAUAACGCCAACCUCCUCCAGCGCUGGAUCGACAAGAUGAACUCGCAAGCCGACAUGAUGAACGAAAACUUUGAGCGGGAAAAGGGCGGGCUCGCUUUUGCAGAGUUGAAAGAUGAUGGGCAGGAGGGAGAUGCGUUCGAGUUUGUGAGCGCUGCGGGGAGUGAGACGGGGGAUGAUGAGACGACGCCUAGGAAGGAAAAGCCAAAGCCGAAGACUUCACGCCCGGCUUCCGCGACUUCCACUACUUCUUCUCGGGCGCCACCGCCCAAGGCAAAAGUUCCUGCUGCGCCAGCUGCCAAACCAUCUACCACCCGCACAUCCCUCGCGCCUACUGCUCCUCGCACUGCCCCGCGUGCAUCCUCCACCUCCAAACCUCCCCUACCCUCCGUACCCGCCGAAAAACAAUCAAUCAAACGUUCUCUCACCCCCCGUUCCUCCCGCCCUUCCCUCGCGCCAUCUCCAACCCCGAGUACCGCUAGUACGGCUACCACCGCCACCCAGCGCACGGUGCGCAAGCCGUCCGGAGUGUCGGAAGUGCAGAAGAAAGAGGUGACGCCAAAGUCUACGCCAGACAAAGACAGUCCCCGCGCGCGCGUCACUUCGCAGACAUCCCAAGUCGCCCGCCGGUCUCCGUCUGCCCAUUCUCUCGGCGGUAAAUCCGUCCGGGACAAGAUUAAAGCUAUGGAAGGUAGCGGGACAUUGAAGCAGCCUUUGCCGUCACCUCCCAAGACGGGGUCUACCAGCCCGAGUAAGGGGAAGGAAAGGCAAGAGGUGCUUAGGGAUUCGCCAAAGAAGGGCGAGGGUUUCCAGUAGGGCGAGAAGAUGCUGGAAAGCAAUCUUCGGUAGAGCCAGGGGAGGCAGAGUGGGAUAUGGUCAGCGAGGGCAGCUCGCCUCCCGGGUCAAAGGUGCUCGAAGGCUCGGGGGUGCUGCUUUGAGUAUGGUGAGGUGCAAUAUAUUGGCAUGUUCGGUACAGAGGUUAAUAAAGGUUGUACAUUCGAUAACAUCAUGGAAUGUGGUCACAUGUAUAUGGAUAAAGUACUAG